GUUUUAAUUUUAAAGUAUUUUAUUUACUUAUUAACUUAUAAGUAAAAAAUUAAAUAUUAUUUUUUAAUAACACAGAAUUCAUAAUAGGUCACCUUGACUACAUAAAGUGGCAACCCGGGCACACUUAACGCGACAAUGUUGGGUCGGUAUAAUUAGAACAAAAAGGGAAAUUAUGAACAAAAAAUCACAGUCCUUAAUAACAGCAAGUAGGUAAUACCUAAUUAAGUUUGAUCCUUAAAACAGGAAAUAAAUCAGUCCUAAAAUCAAUAAAACUAAACAUGUUGCUUGAUUUUUUUGUUGUUCUCGGUAUUCAUCAACUUGGUGAGGAUUUUUCUGGAAUGUCCACUGGGGUCGUUGUGGUUGGUGUGUUCGCUGACUUCCUUCUUGGACCUUUGCUUUCCGCUAUGGCCGCUGUAAAUCUGCUUGUCAUAGGCGAAGUUGUAGUGUUCGUAUUCAUCGAAGUGACUUUCGGACAUCUUGGUUUCUUUCAACACUGUUUUACUUUUAGUCUUUACACUGUUCGUAGGUUCUGAUAAACUUGUGAAGAUUGGAGAAGGACCGCGCGUUUAUAUAGAGGCAUUGUAUGCGCACGCUUCUCGUUUGUUUUGUCGAUGGCGACGCGAUCAUGGCGUUCGGAAAGAGGUAAAUAACUUGCUCGGCAUAAUUUUAUCGCUUGGUCAGAGUUGCCAGAUUGGGUUUUUUUCGCAAUUUUGGGGAAAACGAUGACAAGGGGAAAUCUUUGGGGAAAAAAAUUAUUGUGGGGAAAACUUGGGGAGAAGAUUCCAAAGAAUCUUAUUCGUUUAAUUACAAUAUGCUGUUAUUCUAUUAAAGCAGAAGAAGUAACAAAUUAAAAUUUGUGACAACUCUUACUAACAUAAACAUUUGCGUAAAAACAAUUCUAACAACAUGUCUAAAAAUGCAAGGCAUUAUUGGGCUUCUUGGAAAACAGAAGCACCAUUUUCCGGGUGGCUGAUGUGUGCGGAAGGAGAACCCACUAAAGCAUUUUGUAAAUUGUGCAAAUGCUUGUUACAAGCACAUAAAAAAGAUCUCUUGAACCACGCAAAGUGCAACAAACAAUUUGAGCCUACCAUCAAAAUGUUGAAAAAAUUUAAAUCCAAAGAACAUUAUAAUAAUAAUAAUGAUACGGAAGAUCCAAGUCCAAGAAAUUCUAGAUGGUUUGAUUUCCGUAUAAAUUUUAUAGAGGUUAAAAUAACAUGUAUUGUUUGAAUAAAUUUUAUUUUGGGGAAAAGUUAAAAAAAUAGUGUCAUUUUGGGGAAAAAUAAAAUUUGAUCUGGGGAAAUUUCGAAAUCGCCAUCUGGCAACCCUGCGCUUGGUCGGGUGGACGUUUCAUAGGUCUUUCUAGAAGUUUUCUCGAAUAGGUAAUUCGUGGCCUUCUGGGUGAAACGUGUAUAUUUAGAAGAAUAUAUUUUUAUAUAAAAAGUAACUUAAUUAUUUUGAAGGAUUAUAUUAAGUUGUUUACAAACAAUGAAUAAUUGAACCCUAUUAGGCUAAAUGAUAAUCUAAAAUAGUAAAUGUUACAUAAAG